UUAAAGAUGUGUACUCAAUGUGUGUUGCCUAUCCUGAACCCCUGGUGGAAAGAUUGUAUACGGAAGUUAAGAAUUUACUCACAUCACAUGUGAAUAAAAUUUAUGCAGUAAGUGUCCUCCUCAAGUCUCAUAAAUCAAUCCAGUCAAACAACCAGUUUCACAGUCAGUGCUAGCUGGUGACGUCUAAAUUAGCAACAAGUUUUUCUUCUUGAUCCAUCUAUGCAUGAUGAGUUUAUUAAAAAGAUGCUGUGUUGACAUAAAAGAUCACGUUAAAUUCCGAUAGCCAUGAAUUUCUGGUGGCCAUGAAUUUCUGGUGGCCAUGAAUUUCUGGUGGCCAUGAAUUUCUGGUGGCCAUGAAUUUCUGGUAGCCAUGAAGUUCUGGUAGCCAUGAAUUUCUGGUAGCCAUGAAUUUCUGGUAGCCAUGACGUUCUGGUAGCCAUGAAUUUCUGGUAGCCAUGAAUUUCUGGUAGCCAUGAGUUUCUGGUGGCCAUGAAUUUCUGGUAGCCAUGAAGUUCUGGUAGCCAUGAAUUUCUGGUAGCCAUGAAUUUCUGGUAGCCAUGAAGUUCUGGUAGCCAUGAAUUUCUGGUAGCCAUGAAUUUCUGGUAGCCAUGAAGUUCUGGUAGCCAUGAAUUUCUGGUAGCCAUGAAUUUCUGGUAGCCAUGAAUUUCUGGUAGCCAUGAAUUUCUGGUAGCCAUGAAGUUCUGGUAGCCAUGAAUUUCUGGUAGCCAUGAAUUUCUGGUAGCCAUGAAUUUCUGGUAGCCAUGAAUUUCUGGUAGCCAUGAAGUUCUGGUAGCCAUGAAUUUCUGGUAGCCAUGAAGUUCUGGUAGCCAUGAAUUUCUGGUAGCCAUGAAUUUCUGGUAGCCAUGAAUUUCUGGUAGCCAUGAAGUUCUGGUAGCCAUGAAGUUCUGGUAGCCAUGAAGUUCUGGUAGCCAUGAAUUGCUGGUAGCCAUGAAUUUCUGGUAGCUAUGAAGUUCUGGUAGCCAUGAAUUUCUGGUAGCCAUGAAGUUCUGGUAGCCAUGAAUUUCUGUUAGCCAUGAAUUUCUGGUAGCCAUGAAUUUCUGGUAGCCAUGAAUUUCUGGUAGCCAUGAAGUUCUGGUGGCCAUGAAUUUCUGGUAGCCAUGAAUUUCUGAUAGGAAUCGUAACUGUUUGAUCAAAAUCAAUGCCCAGCAUAAUGAAUAUAAAAUGGACGAAGCGUUAGUUUCUUAAUUAGUAAAUAUUUUAAAAUUUAAUUUUGUGAUGACUUCAUUUAAGCUGGGCAGAUUUUCAUUAUACGGAUUGUUGAAAAGACUUUUGAAAUUUUUUUUAUUUUUAAAGAUUUUUUAUAUUUAAAAAUUUGAGACUGUUGACAGUUGUUGCAUGCCUUUUCUAUUGUACUGCCCAUUUUGCUGCAGGUUUUGUACAUGGUGGAAGGUAUUUUCUGCAUAAUCAUUUCAUGUUCAGCUUAUCAGAGCCUGAAAUAAAUCGACAUCAUUGCAACCUACCAUAUUACUACAGUAGCUAGUGUUUGAAUAUUUUCUAGCGAACUCCACAACUCAAAAAUCUGGGAAUCUAAAGUAAAUGGUAUAGCAUAUUAUUACAGUAGGUUUUUUUAAGCGGGUGCUGGACACCUCUAGGGUUGGGGGGGGGGCUGCUGCUAGACCACACAUAGCUCCUAUAGGAGGGUUGAUGGACCGCAUAUCAAGUCAUGAUUUGGUGGUACGUCAUGGGUUGCUGGGUCUCUGGGGUUUUUCUAGCUCGCUGGGAGUUCUGCAUGGCAACACGAGAAUUUGUUUCAAUUGAAACUAUAAUAACUAUUAAUAAACGAAGUAAAGGUUGCUCUAUCCCUGGAAAGAUGUUGCACUGCAGAAGAAAGAUAAAUGGUUGGCAGUUUCGCAAAAGGAACAUGCAAAGAGUUUAUCCUUGCCAGUUUAUUUUCAGCAGUCUAGGCGUUGAUGGUAAACACCAUUUUGUUUCGAUUUUUGAAACGUACCAACUUGUACAUGGUAGCAGCACUUGGUGGUGCAUCAACCAGUAAGACCCAUGAAGCCACAACAAUUGUGUAACUGAAGAACCUAUUUUACACAAUUUGGAGACGAAAACUGGAGCAAACUUGAUACAGAAGGCGCUACGUCCAAAGGACGUUUUCAGUUUUACAUACAUCCGAAGCAAAAACCGAGUUGAGCUCUCGCGAUUGAUGAGUGUCAUGAGUGGUUUAGGACGGUGCAUGGUUGACUACAAGAGUGCGUCGUCAGCCGCAUUCAUGAAAUGCCUGCACCAAUGCUACGAUGGAUCGCAUUGGUAACGAGAAUAAAGGAAACACGAACAAAAGAACGGGUGUUCAUUCGGCAGCUUUGGCUCUAUUAUGCUUUACUCAACCAAACGCAUUUUUAUGUUUAGUGAUGCCAAAACUGGUGAACAACAGUAAUGGGCUGUUAAUAGAGAGAUUUCUUGUACAGUAUGUUUUUCAUCAGCCUAAAGUGCUCCUAUACAAUUAUACAUGAACUAUCGAAGCCAGCAAAAACCUGAGAGAAACCAACCCAUCUUCUCUCGAAACGAAAAGCUAUAUGAACGAAUACACGUGAAACAUAACAACAGCGACAAUGUACCAUACUCCUUAGAAGAAGAAACUCUUGAUAUCUACGUUCGUCACUGUCAGAAUAACCUAUCCCCUUAAGAUGGUACUGAUGGUAACACGAAAAAAGGUAAAAAUAUCAUUCGGUAUUCUUCAACAUACUUGAGCAAGCUCUGGGCCAAAGAGUACAUACAAGAUGUCUCAACAAAGUUCUCUGCGCAAACCUUGACAGCAGCUAUAUAGCUCUGGUUUGAUACUCGAUCUGAGUAACAAAGAGCAAUAUUUAAACAGGUAAACAAUUUUCCCCUCAAUAUUAUUUUCCCAAAACUCAAAAGUAGAGCAAAUUAAUGUGAUUUGAUGUACAGUACACUACGUAACAGGAACAAGUACUGUGGUUCCCGGGUCCUGUUGACAACAUUCUCAACCAUACUUUUGUUAUAUGUAUAAACAUUUUGUAUUCUUAGUUGGUUGUAAAGAAAAUAAAUAAAUAAAAAAUUACUAAUUUUCCCCAUAUAUAUCUUUUUAGGGCGCUAAAAUUAGAGAGGUAGAGACAAGAUCCCCGAAGAGAUCCAGGAAGCAAUUGUAUUGCAACCUGGACCAUUUGUAACUGCUAAGUUGGUUUAUCGCAAGUUCAGUUCACGAAUUAGACCGGACACCGAGGCAGUGAAGAAUGAAAUGAGGUACUGGAAAAAUUGGACUGGGCAACAUGGCACAAGGAAACAUCAGAGACCCAAAGAUCCAGAAACCAAGAGGCCAGAUCGCCUAGAAGUCCAAAAACGUAUAAAACCUAUUCACGACAUUAAUACAUAAAAAUAUUACUAUUACUUUGUUGAUUAUGAGAAUUAUUCAUGACGUCACCCAUGACUUGAUGUAAGACCCAUCAACCACGAGGAGAAGUGCGAACCCCCCUGCACCCCCGGCAUAUCAGCCUAUGUUUGUAAUGUAAUUAUAGUAUGAUAAUUACAGAUGAUAAUUACAGUAUCGAUAUUUAUAACUGUAGUUGUGUGUAUAUUGGUAAAUUUACAGUUACAAUUUUGAAAAGUCUUCCUUCACAUAAACGCUUGAAAGCCUUGAAAUGUUAGUCAUUGUAGUUCAUGCCUGUAGAUUGUAUUUUUGAAGGCAGCCAAUUCUUGAAUGACAGCAGGCAUGGGCGUCUGGAGGCCACCAAGCGAACCAAAAUAAGAACUAUUGGACGGGAAUGGAUCCUGAAAUCAAACUUAUUUACUCCAGGUUUAGGUGAUAGCGAGCUACGCUCCCUCCACAUGCGUAGUUUUGGAGUUGAUCUGUAGGAUAAUCUUAGAUAUAACUGGUUAAUUGAGACUACCUUUCACUCUCUACAAAAUUCGCAUAUUGCUUAUGAUAAAUUCCAUGUUAAAUCAUGUUGCCCUUCUUAAGCCCCCGCUCCCCAACUCAAUGUUGAGCUUGUCUCAUGGUAAUUUACCAAAAGUUGUUUCGGUACUGUUUGCAACAUUGAACUGAAGGAGAGGGAGUGUCGAAGUUUGUUUUGUCAAUGUGCAUUAACUUUGUAAUAUUGGCAGGAAUGGAAUUUAACAUCAACACAUUUUCCUUUUAGGAAGUCUCUUCAGCCUCAUAUUAUCUUCAACCGUAUCACAGUCAUUGGUCACAGUACAACAAUGGAUGUCGCUUCUUGAAUUUAUUAUUUCGGUAAUUAACACCUAAUGUGAUUUCAUUGUGUUUGUUGAAUAAUUCAAUUAAACAAAUGCGAGAGCAGGGAUUAAUGCAAGCACUAAUCUACUAACAGUGUACGGUGUAAAAAAUCAAUCUCCAAUUAAGUUUUGAAACAAAAUUUUUCUCCGUAAAUAUAUUUUCACAAUAUAUUUUUAAGAAAUUGUGUCAAAUGUGAAUAAUUAACUGUAAAAAGAAGAAGGUACUUGAUCGUUGUAUAUUCAUACGAAUUUUAUGAUGGGUGGUGGAGUUUUAAAGUGGAGUAGUGUUCUCAAUGCUCUGAAAAAAUGGUAGUACCGUAGUAGACUAAAAACGCUUGUUUUUAACGUUGGAGAGCAUAGUAAUCAAAUAGCCAACUGAUUCUUUUGUUUCUAUUGUUAUACAUUAUACAUAUUAUAGUGACGUUGGCACUUCAUCUUUGUCAUUCUCAUAUAUCAUUGGAAAGGUUUUAAAAAAUGGGAUCUAAAAUAUUGUUCGACGCUAUAAAAUUGGAAACCAUACUAAACGAUUCGUAACUGAUUUAUUAACCAAUUCGGAGUCUCGAAUUGCAUCCAAAAAUCACGUGUUCUGAGUCUCGACUGCGCAUCCGAAGAACGCAUCAUUUUUGGAUGCUCAGUCGAGACCCUGAAUUGGCAUUAGUUACAGUAUUGUAUUUGACGAUAUACCCACACAGAUAUGCCCAUAAUGCAAAACUUGAAUCUCGUGUAGAAGUUAGAAAAGGCCACUGCGCUCAAAUUUAUUCUGUUUUUCUUCUUAGCCAUCUGAAUCAACAUAUUAAGAAAGAAAAACAAGAUGGUGGAGAAGUAUCACCGUAUGUUCUUGCAGUGUCAGAGGUUGAAAAUAUGCUGGAAGUUGGUGAGGUACAGUGUAUUUGAAAAUAAUAUAUACAGUUAUACACACUGCUCAUAUUCAGCAAAUGUUCUCCCAGUACCACAGGCUCGCAUUUUCCAGCGGACUAGCUGUGAAAUCGAAUUUUCCAGCGGACUAGCUUGCACAGAAAUGGCCAUUUUGUGUAAGAUUUCCGCUGACAAUGCGAGCCCGCACGAGUGAUAGAAAAUUCGUUAAAUUUGACCAACGCGGUAAUUGUUUGAAACUGUUUGGUUUAAUCUGAGAUUAGUAAUAAUACAUACAUAAAGGUACUGUACGGUGUACAUGCAUGUAGAUUUUAUUUUGGGGGCUAAUUGAGGUCGCCAAUCCUUGAAUGACAGUAGGCAGGGGAUAUAGGACCCAGCAAGCGAAUCAAAACUAGUUGCCUGAGGACGAGAGUGCAUCGUGAAAUCAAAUUCCAUCUGGUGUACAACUCAGGCAGAUCUUUCCUCUUUUAAAUUUGACUCAAUAGCUAUUUUAGCCUUAGUUUCAGACCACCUUUGGAGUUAUCAGCAGGUGACUACAGGUUUAGUUGAUAUCUCAACAUGGCAUGGUUUUGGAGUUGACUUGCAAUUCCAGAAUUUUUAAUUCAAUGAAUUACGUGCAUGUGCAUAUACAGUAAUGUACAUGAAAAAGUUACUCGACUUCGCUAAGAGAAGUGCAAUUUAUGGGGCCCCGGUGGCGAAGUGGUUAGCGCACUUGCCUUUCACCGCUAAGGUCACAAGUUCAAAUCUCAGGCUAUGUUUACAUUGUAUCGGAUCGGUUUUUGCUUCGUUCACGAAACGUCACGGCCCAAGUGUAAACAGCUUCCGCCCUCGCCCAUCUAAAUACAAAAAUAUUAUAAGUGAGCAGGCUAUAUACCCGCAAAUAAGAUUAGAAUAGCAAGUCUUUGUUUCCCAGAUGCCAUCUUGAGUCACGUAUUGAACCGAAAAUUGCUCCGAUUUGUGUUUACAUUACAAUGAGAGCGUUGCAAAAAGCGAUCCGAUACAUCGCGCACCACUUCGAAGAGCGAACCGCCGCACCACCGGUCCGUUGCAGAAAUUCAUAUGUAAACAGAAGCCCUAUCCGGUAUGGUUUUUGCGUCGGACGCAAAGUGAUCCGAUACAAUGUAAACAUAGCCUCAGUGAGAACUUUCCAAAUGUGACUCGAAGCCAGUCCUCAUGUGAACAGAGUAAAAGUCAACGUUCUGCCGAAAGUCGUGGGUUUUCUCCGGGUACUCUGGUUUUCUCCCACAGGGAAAGUUGACAGGGUGGGUUAGGUAAAAAGGGCUCACCGUAAUUGGCAUAUGCUGUUGUGGUGGCCCUGCCCUAGUUGGCAAAAGCUAAAUAAAUACAUUUUAACGAAAUGCAGUGCAAGAAAAGAAAUACGUAGCGAGAAGCAAAACAAAGGACAUUUUCAUUUCACUUCCUUAGACUUGUGAUUCGGACUACUGAGUGAGACUAGUUAAAAACUUGUAUUUAGUUGUUGUGCCAUUCAAAUGAGUGAGUAAAAUGAUCCAUUUCUCAUGCGGUUCAACAUUAGGAUGUUUCAACAUUAGGAUGGCUUCCUAUUCAGUAUUGACGACAUAGUACGUACUAGGAAGCUGUAUAUGUUACACAAAAUUAGUCUUGGACAUUGUGCAAACUAUGUUGUGUCAUAUAUUAGGUAUCUCAUGGACACCCAUAAAUAUAAUACACGUUCGACAACAAGAAGCCUAGUUUCAUUGCCUUCCUAUAAAAAGACAUCAGGAUGUAGAACUUUUCAAGUGAGUUCUAUUCGUCUGUGGAACAACAUUGAAUUGAAUGUGAGAAAUAUCUCAUUGUACAUUGUACUACGUGAUCUGCUUGCACAGAAUAGGGAUUUAGAACAUUUUAAACUUUCAAGAAAUUACUAACUUAGUGUUAUUUUAAUGGGUUUAAUCUAAUUAUUAAUAUUAAUUUAAUAAUGUUACUAAUAUUAUAUACAGUAUAUAGAUACUGAGGGUCAUUAUGUAAACUACUAGUUUGUUUGUUUGUUUGUUUGUUUGUUUGUUUGUUUGUUUGUUUGUUUGUUUGUUUGUUUGUUUGUUUGUUUGUUUGUUUGUUUGUUUGUUUGUUUGUUUGUUUGUUUGUUUGUUUGUUUGUUUGUUUGGUUUGUUUGUUUGUUUGUUUGUUUGUUUGGUUGGUUGGUUUGUUUGGUUUGUUUGUUUGUUUGUUUGGUUUGUUUGUUUGGUUGGUUGGUUUGUUUGGUUUGUUUGUUUGUUUGUUUGUUUGUUUGUUUGUUUGUUUGUUUGUUUGUUUGUUUGUUUGUUUGUUUGUUUGUUUGUUUGCUUCUUUGUUUUUUGUAUGGUUUCUCGUCCAGUUUGGAGAAACAAACACUUGUUUCAGAAACUUCAAUUGCACUUGUCCUUCGGACUCACGCAAUUUUGAUCAUCUUUGAAAAAUUCACUCGUCUAUGUUCUUUCCAAAUUGCACUCGAGACCAUACUAUUAUUACCUUUACAAUCUUAUAUUUGGUCAACUUUUUGCCCUGUUUUAAAACGAAGAUUUAUUUGCAGCUAGCAUUAGAAAUUUGGAAGGAAGUUAUAAUAGAACCUAUAAAAGAAAAGUUGGUUGCAGAGCUCUUGGUUGAAAUAAAAAGGUUUGUAAAGAUUAGUGAGUACUACAAUAACCUUAUUAUAACGAUGCACUUUACUAACGUGACUUGAAUAAACGAUUGAAAAAAAUCAAAAUCUUUUAAACGAACGAUAAAUUAACGAUAACACAAAUCAGUCUUAUUUAUAUUAACAGGAAAUUUUCAAAUUCGCAUUAACACAUGCAGCUCGUCGUUAAUUUCUCAUAAAGUGGGUCGACCCUAUUAUAUCCAGAUGGAAUAAAUUAAGAAAACAAAAACUCAAUUAUCUCAAUUCUAUGUAGGGAUCGCGAUGGUGAAAACACCCAGCACAACGUAAUUCAUGGAGCCAUUGAAUCAUUUGGUAAGUUUAUAUGAUAUUAACUUUAGUGGGCGUUAUGGCGUAUUUUUGUGUGCUAGAGUAAACAAAUUAUUGACCACAAAUCAGCGUGUGUUCACCGGUCUAAUUAUUAUAUUGGCAAUCAUUCAGUUCUAUUGGCAUUUUUGUCAUGAGGGUCUAAGCUCAAGCACCACCGCGCAACCGGUUAUUUCCGACCGGAGCUCCGAUUUUUUUGGAGUUCCGGUUCCGGCCGGAACUAAUAAAAAACAUGGCCGGGAGGACCAGAACUUUGUCGUUCUCAGAGAGAUAGAAUAUCAAGUUUAUUUAUUGAAUAGCAUAGGAAGAAAUUUGGACUACACAAGAAAAUGUACACUAUUAACACUUCAUUAUGACGUUUAACGUUAGUCAAUCUUUUUAUUCUAACAUUUGCGAGCUCUCUCCUUGAUGACACAAAGUGUCUGGCAGCAGACACAGUAACAUAUGACCACAUAUCGCUUAAUGAAUCGGUUCCGGCCGGAACUUUUUUCCAGUUCCGGCCAGAUCUGGUUCCGGCCGGAACUUUAAAAAUUGGUUCCGGUGCAUCCCUAUCACCAGAGCGCAAUAUAAUUUUGAAAACCUGGUCUGACAAUACGUCACACCAACCCAGAUCAGACACGCUCGGACACUAAUUAUGUACAGAACUCGAGAGACAAAUGUUUUACAGUAAUUGUCGUAUUAAAUUCAACUCAGCCAGGACCAGUAAAUUUGGACUAGCCAUCCUCGCUGCUUGUUGUUUAUUACUUUCAUCUUUGUCUAUUUACAGUUAUUGUUCAGGAAUACUACAGUCGAGGAAAGCUGCAA